CUUCCUAAAACCCUCAACGGAAAAAGAAAAGCACUUUUGCUCGGAAAAAAUGGCUUCCCGACCAGACAUUCCACAAACCCUAAGGCACAAAUGUUCAGCAUGCUUUAAACUGUAUAAUAAGCAUGAGCAUCUAGUUGCACAUAUGAAGGACUCUUACCAUUCAGUUCAUGAACCUAUGUGUGGUGUCUGCAAAAAACAUUGCAAAACAUUCGAGUCACUGAGAGAACAUCUCUUAGGCCCUCUUCGGAAGUCUGGCUGUGCAUUGGUCUUCCUGGAUCGUGGUUGCCAUCUAUGCUUGAGUAUUCUCAGCAGUUCUGAUGCUCGUAGCAAGCAUUUGGAAACUUGUCAAAUGUUACCUGCAAAUCCUCAUGGUCUUAUUCCUCGAGUGUCUCUCUCAAACAAGCCCAUUAGAGACAAGGCAUAUUUUGGCUUAUACUCUGUAACCUGUGAAAUCCGAGGCCGUGAAGCAGUUGCCAUUGACUGUGAAAUGGUUGGGGGUGGAGAUGAUGGUUCGCUUAAUCUUUGUGCCAGGGUUUGCCUCAUUGAUGAAGAUGAGAAUAUGAUCUUCCAUUCUUAUGUCAAACCUCCAAUUCCCGUCACAGAUUACAGAUUUGAAAUCACUGGCAUAAAGGAAGAACAUUUGAAGGAUGCAAUGCCCGUGAAUCAAUUAAGACAUGAGAUUGAGGAAAUAUUGUUCAAUGGGGAGUCCAGUGGGAGAGUUUGGCUGGAUGGUGGGAAAGCGAGGGUCCUUGUUGGCCAUAGUUUACAUUAUGACAUCGUGUCUCUUGACAUGGAUUACCCUUCACACUUGCGCAGGGACUCUGCUGAAUACCUGCCCUUCAUGAAGACAAAUAAGAGCAGCCACUCGCUGAAGUACCUCACAAAAACUUAUCUAGGUUACGAGAUUCAAUCUGGUGUGCAUGACCCAUAUGAGGACUGUGUGGCUGUGAUGAGACUUUAUAAAAGAAUGCGCUCUCAACCUCACAAAGCCGAGGAGUGCACAACAUACAAUCCUUUUUUAGGUUUUACUCAGAAGGAGUUGGAAAGCAUGACAUCUGAUGAAUUGCUUGAUAUUUCGAGAACAGAUUACUAUUGCUGGUGCUUGGACGCAGUCCGCAAGGUAUCAGAGUAAUUGCAUUUACCUUUUGGGGUUUUAUCUUCACUCCAUAUGAGUUAGUCUCACCCAUAGAAGGACUUGUCAAAUAUGCCUUUCGUUUUAUGUUUUUCAGAAGCAAGAUCUAGCGUUUGUAGAUAGAAAAUGUUCAAAAUGUAUAGAUCCCAUUCUUUUUUGGUUUGUCCAUAGUUUUGCGGUCCUUGGUUACAGCUAGAAACUCAGUUCCAACUGAGGAAAAGUCGAUACUCUUCCAUUAAAGUUCAGUAUAUUUAGUGUUGUGAACUGCAGUUACAAUUGUCCCAGUCCAUGUUUACUAAGUGGUCUAAUGAUGAAACGUAUUGUUGUGUGGUCUUAUUUCUCA